GGUCGCUUCGGUUUCCAGUCACUGAAUGGAGGACUUUUUUGUCCAUUUACAAUUUUCAGGGCAUUGCAUAUAUAUAUAUAUAUAUAUAUAUAUAUAUAUAUAUAUAUAUAUAUAUUUAGAGGCGAAAACCUUUGAACAGAUUCAAAAUUCUGUUUGGUUUUUAGAGUGGGCUGAGAGAGGAGCAAAGAUGAUAAAAGCUGUGAUGGUGAUGAACACUCAAGGCAAGCCUCGUCUUGCAAAAUUUUACGAAUAUCUGCCAGUGGAGAAGCAGCAGGAGCUUAUACGAAGCGUUUUUGCAGUCUUGUGCAGUAGAGCUGAGAACGUAAGCAAUUUCGUAGAGGCUGAAUCGAUUUUUGGUCCGGAUAGUCGCCUUGUAUACAAGCAUUUUGCUACUCUUUACUUUGUCUUUGUAUUUGAUAGUUCUGAAAAUGAAUUAGCCGUGCUGGACUUGAUACAAGUUUUUGUGGAAACGUUGGACAAAUGCUUCAAGAAUGUUUGCGAGCUUGACAUUGUGUUCAAUUACAGCAAGAUGCACACUAUCCUGGAUGAGAUUAUUUUUGGAGGUCAAGUGCUGGAAACAAGUUCAACAGAAGUUAUGAAGGCAGUUGAAGAGAUAUCUAAGUUAGAAGCUGCCUCAAAUGCUAUCACACUCAUUCCGAAGUCUGCUUCUGGUUGGCGAAGUAGGUAGUUCUGCAUUUAAAUGCCGUUCAAACCAGUCCUCAAUUAUUUCUGGUCACUGUGAGUUGAUAACUUGUGAUUUUCACUGACUUGGGCUGGUGUUGUUGGUGAAAGUUUAAAUGCUUUGAGUGAAGGGAUCUGUUUUAUAUUGGUCCACAUCACCAAAGUCAAGAGGUAUUAUUAUAUUUGAUUAGUUAUUUUUCUGCUUCAUAGUGGGAAAUAAAUACAUGUAACAAGCUGUUUUGCUCGCAAUUUAUAAUAUGCUUUUACUCUGAGAUCUCAGCUAGGGUUUAACACUUGUACGAGCAGUGAUUUCUGCUGCUAUUAUUUUUCCCUGGCAUUUUGCUUUUAAAGUAAAGCACGCAUCAGGUAGACUUUACCACCGUUUUCAUGGGGGUCUGCGGUUUUCUUGAAUGGUCCAGUUCUUUUGUUGUUUGAA